AUGCUAAUGCAGUACAGAAUGAAGUCCAGAAAGGAAUUAAUAGCCGUGUUUGAAGUGUGGGUUAUAGGUGGUCUGGAUCUAAAAACGCAGGAAGCUGCCCUACGGUCGAAUCCUGAUGUCGUUGUUGCCACUCCUGGAAGACUUAUCGAUCACUUGCACAAUUCGCCGUCCUUUUCGCUAAACACCAUUGAGGUCUUAGUUCUGGAUGAAGCAGAUAGAAUGCUUGAGGAAGCGUUCAAGGACCAAAUGAACGAGCUGAUCCGGUUAUGCGCGCCAAACCGACAGACGUUGUUGUUUUCGGCGACGAUGACAGACCAAAUUGAUGAGUUGGCAUCGAUGUCCUUAAAGAAGCCAGUAAAGAUAUUCAUAAACGAGAACACGGAAACUGCGUUAAAACUCAGACAAGAAUUCAUCCGGAUACGUCCAGGGCGUGAGGUCGACCGUGAAGCCAUAAUUUCUGCGCUCGUUACCCGGACCUUCCAGGAAAAUACCAUAAUAUUUGUGAAGAUGAAGAAGGAUUGUCAACGUAUGCACAUCCUUCUUGGCCUUCUAGGACUGAAAGUAGGACAGAUGCACUCUUCUCUUUCACAAGCUCAACGUAUCGACGCUUUGUCUAAAUUUAAACGGAGAGAGAUCGACGUCUUAGUUUCGACCGAUUUGGCUUCUCGAGGUCUCGAUAUCGAAGGAGUGCAAACAGUCAUAAACAUGCACAUGCCAAAAACAAUCAAACAAUAUAUUCACAGAGUUGGGCGAACGGCUCGAGCAGGGCGAGUCGGACGAUCAAUAUCUCUUGUUGGCGAAGAUGAACGGAAACUGCUGAAAGAAAUUAUCAGCACUAAUCCAGAUCGUAGUCUCAAACAACGUCAAGUCGCACCAGAGGUUGUGGAAGCAUAUCGACAACGCAUUGAUGCACUAGAAGACUCAAUCCAUCAAAUUGACCUUGAAGAAAAAGAGGAAAGAGAGUUACGAUUAGCCGAGUCAGCCGUGAAGAAAACUGAGGAGAAGCUGGAGACGGGGACUACAGAACGGGAAGGACGUGUUUGGUUCAAGAAAGCGACAGAAGGAGAACGUGAACGAAAACGUGCAGAACGGAAAGCCAUGAGGAAGGAGGAAAUGAAACGAAAACAAGCCGAAAAAACGCCGGAACAGAUCCGGUUGGAACAUGAGAUGGCGUAUCAAGCGCGAGAGGCAAAGAGGGCUCGACGAGGCAAGAACAGACGGCUGCGCGCCGUAGUCGAGACACCAUUCAAGAAGAGAAUAACUCCAUUGAAAAAGAAGUCAUUGAAGUUGUCGGAUCUUCCUGCGAUUGAAGCCGCUCCCACUUCAAAGAACAAGAAGACUACUGUAGGAAAGAAAUCGUCCUUCACAUCAGCGUUAACAGCUGUAGGAAAGAAAUCCGUUAAGAAAGCACGUCAUGGACCUGAAGACUCUGCAUUCCAAAAAGCUCGUGUUGCUCAUCGUCUGAAAACGAAAAAGAAGUAA